AUGUCUGCUGAAAGGGAAAAGAGAGCGAGACUUAGUCAUGCGUGCGAUAGAUGUCGAAAAAGGCAUGUUAAAUGUGAUGGUGAUUAUCCAAUCUGUGGAAAUUGUAAAUCUUUUAAUGGGGAGUGCUGUUAUAGUCACCCAGGUAGUAAACGCGGUUAUGUCGAAACUAUCGACGAUAGGUUAAGUAAGAUCGAACAAAUAUUGACGAAAUUCCUUGAGGGAUCCGAUACUCAACAACAAAAAAAUAAUAGGAAUAAUAACAAUGAUGUGGAUCAAAUUUCUAAUAAUCCAGAAAUGGGAACUUAUGAUGUUAUGCACAUGUCUAAACAUGAAAGUUUGUUAUCCGAAGGGAUGUCUUCAUUAUCAUUAAAAAACAAUA